AUGUCCUUAUUAGAUUCCUGGAGUGCCAACGGUGCCAACGGAAUGCCGAUUAUCACGAAGCCCUUGUAUCCUCGUGUUAUCCUAUGUCAUAUGACCGCAAUAUUGGGAUUGCAACUGCGCCUCAACACCAACUAUUUCGGGGAUAUUUUGAGCCGUGUAAGGGAGGCAUUUAAACUGGCAGGUUUGGCUGACAGCUUGUCUCUCGACGCGGCCUACCUCAAGAUUCACAUAGACUAUGCACGCCCGCAGCACGAGCCGUGGCGGGGACGGAUUGCAUGGGCGUGCGGGUGGCCUUUGCCCGGCGCAGGACCCUCCCGAGGACCGCGCCUGGCCUCCUUCCCGGGCUCAGGAAACACGUGGCUCAGGUAUCUGAUCCAGAGCACGUCAGGGCUUUUCACCGGCUCAGUCUACAACGACCCUCAGCUGGCUUCAAAAGGAUUCUACGGUGAGAACGAGACACCUGAAUGCGGGUGUACUAUCGUGGUCAAAACUCACGGCUACAGUCUAGGAGGCCGACCAGAAUCCAGGGACAAGCGACUCAAGGAGAUGAACAAGUUCUUCGGGCGUGGCCUCCUCCUCGUCAGGAAUCCUUUCGACACCCUCAUCGCCUACAGGAACUUCCUCUCGGCGGGUCACCUGGGCGUGGCCGGACCCACCGCCUUCAGGGGACCAGCUUGGGAUCGGUUCGUCCGGAACGAGAUCGAGCUCUGGAAGUCCUACGCCGUCGACUGGAUCACGCUCAGCAGAUCGUCCCACGUGGUCCACUACGAACACCUCCUUGAGGAUCCCAGGAAAGAGCUUCUCAAGAUCCUACACUUCUUAAGGAUACGAGUAGAAAACCGGCGUCUCCAGUGCGUCCUCAAGAAUCUCAAUGGAGCCUUCAAGAGGACAACUCCCAACGGCGUCUAUUACAGGCUGAGAGACCCUUACACCCCCGAGCAACACCGGGUAAUUGAGAACGCCAUGAACGAGGUGGAUCAGGCACUCAUGCAACACGGAUGGCCUCCCUUACCCAUGCACCUCUACAGCUACAACUACGAGAACUUCACCAGCGGUCCUGUCAGCCACCCACAUCAGCCCCAAAGUCAGCUCUCGCAUCAGCUCCAAAGUCAGCUCUCGCAUCAGCCUCCAGAUAGUUCUUCCCUGGCGAAAGGGACGUCGGCAGGUGUUCAGUCGAAUGCUAUAAAGGAGAGGAAGAGGAUGGUGAAUGUGAAAGUUGGAGAACCGAGUGAUAGUGAGAGUAAUGUGAUUAAAUUAAGUCCCUGGAUGAAGAAUAGAUGAAUUUGUGGUUCAUUUUCGGUUAGUUCAUUUGUAAGAUAUUCUUUUUUUUUAAGUUUAGUGAUGCUCAUUGCAGAUUCGUUGUGUUACAGUGUAUAAGUGCGUGAGUGAUAAGAUGAGUAUUCCAUUUUUUAUGUUAUUUCUCAUAUUACAUUUUCAACUGGCAACAACCAUGACAAAAAUGUAUACUUUAUUAACAACACUGACAUUUACAGCGUAUGAAUGUAAAUGACACCAACAGAAUGCGAUUGCAAGUGAAUGUUUGUCACCAGUGAUUACAUUCCCAAUAUUGCAUUAUCUGACAAUUAAAUCACAAAAGGAAACGAGAUGUAACACCUUCCUGAAAGAAGUUCAAGAGCCAUGAUUUUUAUCUGCAAAUGCUCGAAGAUAAAGAAAUAUAUAUACAAAUAAAGACACGUUUUCAAACCUGUGGAUUUUUUUUUUUUUUUUUUUUUUUAAGAUCGACGGUUUCUCACUCAUCUGGGCAGAAAGAUACACAUUAUUUACAAAACACCAAUAUGAGAAGACCUUUUUAUAAAGACCACUCAUUCCUGCGACCACCACCCGCGAAACAACCUUUUAUAAAGAUCGUAAAUACUUAAAAGAAAUUAAUAAGGUUGUUUCACUGCCUCACUCAGCCAGAAAAAAAAUGUCAGUAUUGUUUUCCGUUUUAUUAUUACUAUUUUUAUUAUAAUUUUCAAUCCCACUCACGCCUUGUAAUCGUCAACACUAAUCCUCCAGACUUAUCUCACCAAAAGACAGGAUUUCUUUACAAGGAAUACCUCUUGAAGACACACCAGAAGCUGCUUAAAAAGAUACUUCUAUUUUUGCACCUCGCACGUCUGAAGCCUCUCGUUCUUCAGUUCAAGGCUGAAACUGAAGCUCAACUUGGUUCCUCCCUUCUACCCGCAAAGCCUAGGCGUCCUGUAGGCUUUAGAAGGCUUUUUAUCAUAGAGAAAUAUAUAUAUAGCGUACAGACUGAGGAGUACAUGCGCGCACACUGACGUAUACGCACACGCAAUGGUUGAUUUGUCAUGUGUGAAUGACAUACAUACAUACGUGUUUGUGUGUGUGUGUGUGUGUGUGUGUGUGUGUGUGUGCGUGUGUGCGUGUGUGUGCGCGCGCGUACGUGAGGAAGAAAGUAUAGACCUCAUAAAUACACAUAUAGCCAACUUUAUAAAUAACCAAAUAUUAACUUAAGCAGCCAAUAUAGACCUUCUUGUAGUCAGGAGAGCCGCUAUGUGGUAAGACAGCGCAUUGCUUGUUUAAGAUUUAAACUUCCUCUUGAGACAGAUGUGAAAUAUUUUCACUCCCGCUUAGAUAUACGUAGAAGUAUAUGAGUACAUAUCACACUUACGUCUCCGUACACGCUGGGAAGACAGACACUUUAGCAUCUAUUAUGAUUGUACUGCUCUUAGGAGUUCCCUUUAAGAUUCCUUAUUUGGCUAUUUUUAGCUAUCAACAUAUUUAUUUAUUUAUUUUGUCUUGUUUGUCUAUUUUUCUCCGUGUUGUCUAUUGUGAUGAAUUACUAACUAUUUAUUAGGAUUAUGUUUAUUUACCAUUCAAGUCCUCUUUUCUCUAAAUAGCCCGACCUGACCUGGCUUGACCUGACCUCCCGUAUGCAAAAGGUGAAUUGUUCCUUAGUUCUAAAUUCACAAAUUUCUUUUUAAUGAUGUAUUUGGAUUUAAAGACAGAAUAUGACGAGUAAUAAAUGCAUUGUGGGUCAGGAAAAAAUACUGUUUGUAAUUAUAUGAUGUAUUAAAAUCUGUUUAUAUUAGUUUUUUUUCAAAAUCUGUUAUUUCAAUUAUGUAUUUCAGUACAUCAUUUGUGCACGUUUUUGUGUACAUGAUAUAAAUGUACUAACUAUAAACGUGUGUGUGUGUGUGUGCACACACACACACACACACAACACACACACACA